ACAUGCCAAGUAAUCCACAAUGGGAAGCUCAGUGAUGCCUUUGAAGUGAAGACAGGAGUGAAACAAGGUUGCCUACUAUCCCCCAUGAUAUUCCUUAUUGUGGUGGACUGGAUCAUGCAGCAAACAGUAGGCAGCGAGAAGAGGGGGAUACACUGGACGACGGAAAAGAACCUAGAAGACUUGGAUUUCGCCGAUGACUUGUGCCUAAUGUCACACAAACUUGAAGAUCUGCAGGCAAAAACUAACAAGUUGAUAGAAGAGGCAGCUAAGACGGGACUUCAGGUGAAUAUAGAGAAGACAGAAGUGAUGAAGAUACCGCACCACCACCAUCAACAACAACAACAAACUCCAAUCACCGUCAACGGGAGAAACUUGAAGGAAGUAACCUCCUUCACUUAUCUAGGAAGCACUGUUUCAACUACAGGCGGGACGGACGAGGACGUCAAAGUCAGAAUCGGAAAAGCAAGACAGGCGUUCAUUAGCCUGAAACCAGUGUGGAGAUCUUCUGCACUCAGCAUGCGGAACAAGAUACGGAUUUUCAACACCAACGUCAAGUCAGUGCUCUUGUAUGGCUCAGAGACUUGGCGCGUCACGAAAGGUAUUUCCAAUAAACUACAGACAUUCAUCAACAACUGCUUACGCUGGCUCGCUACUGAAGAUCAGAUGGCCAGAAAAAAUAAGCAACAAGGAACUCUGGGAACGAACCAACCAACAACCUAUCACGCAACAAAUAUGCAGGAAGAAGUGGAGAUGGAUUGGCCAUGCACUGAGAAGGCCGACUGAGGACAUCACGCGUCAGGCCAGUUGCUCGAGUGGAAUCCCCAUGGGAAGCGACGAGUUGGACGUCCGAGGGUGACAUGGAGGAGGUCGUGCGAGGAGGAAAUGAGAGGUUGUGGGCUGUCGUGGGACCAGGUUCAAAAGAUCUCAGAGAACAGAGGUCACUGGAGGCGUG